CCUAGGUGAAACAGUCAGGUACACUUCGGAUACCUCAGGUCACCCAGCUCUGCACUGCUCGUCAGGAGUCUACGGCAACGUUUGAGCCAAGAUGGGGCGGAAGGAGACCAUCUGCAGCUGGAAGAAAAGCACCAGUAAUAUCAAGGAAGUGUUUGACUUCAUAGGAAAAAUGGGAUCGGGGUCAUUUUCAGAGGUUUUUAUGGUGCGAGAGAAGAAAACAGGACAAGUGUACGCUAUGAAAUGUCUGAGGAAGAAACACCUUGCUCAUAGCAACCUUGAAAAUGAAGUCAAUAUACUGAGAAGGAUAAAGCACGAGAACGUAGUGGGACUGGAGGAUUUCUAUGAGAGUCGGACACACUAUUACCUGGUCAUGCAGCUGGUGUCAGGCGGGGAGCUGUUUGAUCGCAUUUUAGACAAGGGGGUGUACACCGAGAAGGACGCCAGCACAGUGAUCCAACAGGUGCUGCAGGCUGUCAGUUACCUGCACAAAAACAGCAUUGUACACAGGGACCUUAAACCUGAGAACCUGCUGUACUAUAAUACAGAUGAGAAUGCUAAGAUCAUGGUCAGUGACUUUGGUCUGUCUAAGACCGUGGAGCAUGGUGUGAUGUCCACAGCCUGCGGUACACCAGGAUAUGUUGCGCCUGAGGUGUUGGCCCAGAAACCCUACAGCAAAGCAGUGGACUGCUGGUCCAUUGGAGUUAUCACUUACAUUCUGCUCUGCGGCUACCCUCCAUUCUUUGAAAAGAACGAGACGCGUCUGUUUUCAAAGAUCAUGAGAGCGGAGUACGCCUUCCAUUCACCUUUCUGGGACGACAUCUCUGAGUCAGCCAAAGACUUCAUCAGGAAUAUGAUGGAGAAAAACCCCACCAAACGCUUCCUCACCGAGCAGGCACUCAGACACCCAUGGAUUGCUGGAAACGCAGCUAAAGACCUGGACAUUUAUCAGUCUGUCAGUGAACAGAUGGAAAGGAACUUUGCCAAAUCAAAAUGGAAGCAAGCCUUCAACGCAGCUGCAGUAGUCCACCACAUGAAGAAACUGCAGUUAUCCCUCACUGAACCCUCCCCCAUGCCCAAUAUCAUAGUACAGUCCACCUCCCAGUAUGACCAGGAGGUGCUGGGACCCUGUCAAGAUGAGGCUGAUGCCCUCGACCCAAAUGGGAAUCCCGUUCUUGUGGCCAAUCAUCUAUCCUGCAGUAAUCCUGAGUCGGACAGAGGUCUCUGUCCACCACUGAGAGCCAGUGAAAAUGAGCCUGGCAAUGCUCUAGCUGUUGAACAAUCAACAGAGGUCAACUUUCUUUCAAAGAUCAAUGCUCCUUUCAGGCCAUCCAAGAGCCUGGACACUGUGUCUCACAGGAAGGACCAGACAUUUCAGAGUGGAGUGUGUUCUGUCAUGUGAUUGGCUGGCUAACCUGAGAUGAAUCUCAUGCAGUUUGUCUCUUGAGUUGACGGCACUCAGCAGCAUCCCUCUGGAUAUAAAGGUGUUGACACAUCUGCUGCUCGGCUUUUUCACGUCUGCUGUUGUUCUCUGCUGCAGAACGUAUGUUCCAUUGACGGAGACACACAGUAUCUGCACUAUAAAAAACACUUUAACUUUUUAUAUUUAAAUAACACUGCAUUAAGCAGGAAUUAAUCAUAGAAUUCAUCCAAAUUGUGUAAUGCUGAUGACAUUUAUUCUCUCAAAACUAUUAUUAUGUAUUGUAUAUUACUGUCAACAUGUUACUAAAUUCCAUUAAAAUGUAUUUGUUUUGAAUAGUGACAUAUGCAAUGUGAAAGCUAAUGCUGGCUCCUCACUAGAGUGUAAUUAGAAAGAUGUGGGGUCUGAUUUGCCCCUCUCGACAAAGUGUUCCCGUUUUCCUAUAGUGUGAGGGGUUUACAGACACUCUUAAUGUUACCGACUGGAUUGGAGUCUCCCCGCUCCUAUAGUGUGAGAGGAACAGCGGUGAAAUAUUGAGCAGGAACCCGCAAAACCAAUGACAGCGAGCUGAUUGGGAAGCAUCACUAAACGGAGGUUGCAUACUUGUGUAGAACAGAAACAUGGCAGCUAACAGCGCAAAUAGGACUUUUGUCUCCCCAGCCAGAUGGACAGCAGAAAAGCUUGUGGAAGUUUGUGGAAAUAUGGCAACAGUACUGUAUGAGUGCUUGUUUGAUGUCGUCCUUUUUUUUCCAACCAUCUGACGACGACAGUCCGCCUCCAUGUUUUUUUUCCCUUCUUCUGAAGUCACGUAUGAUCACGCAAGAUUUUUUGAGAUCCCAAGUCCCUGAUUGCCACUCUAAAACAGUUUAGUUUAAACACCAAGUGUGUGAUCCUGACUGAAUCAUCGCGUGUGUUAAUUCUUACUAUUAAAAUAUUUAUUAUCGGUUAAAUCUGACGUUUAAAUCGGUUAAGAAAAAAUAUCCUCUAGUGUGCACCUGGCAUUAAUAAUUAUUUUUUUGAGUUGUGUUUGACUGAUGUGGCUGGACUUUGAAAUCCAAUGGCUUAUACAUUUUUAUAAAGCUGAUAAGCUUUUUAAGACUUCAGAAACUUCAGUCUUGUCAUUUGUAUGCUCUGUAUGUCUUUUUAUAUGUACUGUUGAACACUGUAACAACAUAUUGGAAUGUACCUUCAGCUGUUAUAUUGUUUGGACUGCAUUGCAGGCAGAUUUUUAGACAUGUAUUACUAUUUUUCCAUUUAUGCAGGAUUAGAUUGGUGGACUAUACAUCCACUUUCCACUUUACAGAAAGAUGGUUCUUUGUAUUUAUGAGAUUAAACUUUAUUUUGAGGUGGAGUCAUUGACACAUAGCAAUAUGCUGUGUUUUCUAUGAUAUUUACAUAAGUUGUACUCUUCAAGUGCCACGAGAUGGUGUAAAGAUGCUGCCAACAUUAGUGAUGUCAUGAAGCAUUCUGAAUUCACAAAUGUAGCGACAUACAUGUUUUUUUUUUGUUUUUUUUGCAUUAUUUUCUCAAGUAAGUAGGAACCAGUCUUUCUGUCUCUUGUGAUGAAUGCAUAGCUACAGUGUCAUGUUGGCCUCUCCCAUGAAGCUUAAAGACAUGCAUCAAAGUAUUAACACUUUUUUAUUUAAAUAUUGUGGAUUCUGCACAAACAAAAGAUGCAAAACAGAAAAUAAAUAAUGUAACAUUGACCCUUUUUAAAGUUCUGCAGCACAGGCACAUGUUCACAGUGGAGGGUAUCACUGCUGAAAAAUAAAGCUUUGUGUUGGCUUCUUGCUGGAAGUCACAAUCUGUGCUUUUUUUUUCUAGAUUCAAUGCUAAAUGAUGAACAUGAUAUUGACGAACUCAUAUCAAAAUGUUUCUGCCCAAAUAUUGAAAUGUAUUUAUAUAAUGUGAUAAUAUUGAUACUUUCAAAAGGUAUUUGCACAUGUGGAUGUAAAUGGAACCAUUAAAGUAACCUCCCCCUACAAUGACACUG